AUGGCUGACAACGAAGCCGUAGAUUUAUCUGAUGAUUUGAAUGGUUCUUGGGUAGAACUCUACCACCAGUCAAUACCUCCAGACACAGUCACAGAAUCUAUUCACAAUGGCAAUAUGGAGAAGCUACUAAUAGAAGCACAACAAGAGUCACGUACUCCUUCUCGACCAAACAGUACAGUAUCAUCCAACAGAGGAAGUCCUAAACUUCCAACCAGCCCAAAGGAAUGGGUAAAUACUGAAGGUCCACAGGUAGAUCCAAUUGGAACAGAUUGGAUUUGGGAUUGGUCUAGUCGACCUGAAAUACAGCCACAUGGGGAUUUGAGUGGACAAUACAAACAUCCUCGGCGUUACCGGCUGAGUGUACGUAACACUAAAGUGAUGCGAGGUGGAAUUUUUUGUAUGGAAAAUUUGCCAACAUUAUUAAUAUCUCAUGCCUGUUCUUUUGUUCUUGGGGCUGCUGUGAUGUUUAUGUACUUGAAAAAGUAUUGCAACUGGGCUGCUGUUAUCACCCAACAUGCCUUGGACUGA